AUGGAAAAUGAUUAUUCGGUAAAAACACUAACUUUUUUGAAAAAUGUAUAAAAAUCUAACUUUAUGUUUAACUUUUGUCACUAUUAAUUUAACAUGAAAAAUUAAUUUGAAAAAAAUUAAUCUAGAUUUUUCCAGGCUACAAACUACGAAGAAUAUCCAGAAGACGAUUAUUGGUGAGUUAAAAAACGUUUUUGAAAAAAAAAUUGAAAAAAAAAGAAAAAUAAGGUUUGUGCAUUUUUACGUCACAUUCUUGCAGUUUCAAAUUUUCAAGUGAAAACUAUACAUUUUCGAGUAUAAAAAUCUAGAUACUGUCAAGUUUUGUUUUCCUAAAAAAAUAAUUAUUGGGUUUGUUUCGUCACUCAAUAAUAAUAAUCUCAUUGAUGCAUAUACCAUGACCAACACACUUGAUUUCGUAAAACAUCUGUGUCUCUCACAUCCCCUUACUAUUUCUGGGCUCUCGAAAAUUCGCAUGCGAACACAAAAAAACCGGGAGAGAAAGAGCCGGAAGGAUAAACAAAAAACUCGCGCGCGCAGGAGAAAAAAAUAAAACAAUAUCUCAUUAAUAAUGGCAGAAUGAAUGAGACACUUUUCUUCUCAACAAAUUGUUUUUUUAUAACUUUCACAGUUUAGCAAAGAUUUUUUAGUUUUUUCCCCUGCAAAAAAUAAAUUUUUCCAUGCAUUUUUUUGGCUAGAGAUCAGACGACCAGCGCACAUUUAACUGGGGUAUUGAAGGGUACUUGCGAUGUCUGCUUCCGUGGCGCAAUAGGCAGCGCGUUCGGCUGUUAACCGAAAGGUUGGUGGUUCGAGCCCACCCGGGAGCGAAAAUUUUUCCUUUUUUCAACACUAUAAUUUUUAAUUUCAUGAAAAUGUUUCAUUUCCAGUCCCUCGAAAAUGCUGCGUGGCCCUGGCCAAAAAGCGGCGAAUCCAUUUCAAUUCGUAGCUACCAAUAAAAAUAUUGGUGAAGAAAUGGCAGACGCUGCAAAAUAUACACUGCACUUGGCCGAACAGCAAAAGGUGCAGCGGGAAAAGAUUCUCAAACAGCAGCCGAAAUUUGACGAUACAGAACCUUGGCAAGCAGAUUUGGAUACUUGGCGGAGAAAGAGAAAAGAAAAAAUUGUGGAUACAAAUGAGAAUAAUAUAAGUGAAAACAGUAAAUCGUAUUCGCCCUACAGAAAGGUUGGUUAACAUUUUUUGAAGGGUUUUAAAUUAAUUGAAAAUUAAUUAAAAAUCUCAUCUUAUCCAUGUUAAAUGUGUAUUUUUACAACAAUCGACACAAACUAAAAAACCAGAAAAAUCAAGUUCAAACAUAAACACCUAACAAAAGUCUAUUUGAUUUACCUCAAAAAUAACUCUCUCUCAAAUUUUCUCCUAUUUACUUUUUCUCUGUUCUUUUUCUGACUAUUUGACAGCCGAACUAAAAUUUCAAAAUUAUUUCAAAUAAGCUAAAAUGACUGCAAUAAAUGAGCCGUUAUCUGUCGAUUUGCCUGAAUUUGGUUGUUCAAAUGAUAAUUGUCCAUUUAAACCCAAAGAAGUUUCGGUUCUUCGAAUCAAAAUUCGUGGAGGAGUUGUGAGUUUAUUUUUUCUGGAAUUGUUGAAUCAAUUUGUUAUGAAUACCUUUUUUCCUAAAAUAUCUACUUUUUCACGUUGGAAUAUGUUGGCGCGGAAUCUGGGGGUUUUCAAAAUGUAUCCUAGACUUUCUAGAAUUUUCCAGAUCUUUUGAAAAUUCAGAAAACAUUUUCUGAAUUCCCCAUAAAUCAAAAAUCUCAUCUCACUUUUUUCUUGACUAACUAUAUAUAUAUAUAUAUACAAAAUGAGAAUUGGUCUAUUUUUCCAAUUUUAAUUGCUUUCUUUUUCUUUUACGCGAAACUUUUUGGUCAGAUUUUUUGUUUUCUUUUCUGUCAAAUCGACUUAUCCUCAAUCUUCGAGUUACAAAGUUUUGAAAUGUUUAAGUUGAAAUUCAUUUAUGGAACAAUUAGAUUGAGGGAUGAAAACUGGAAUCUUGAUUUCUGAUUCAAUAUUUUUGCAACGUGGAAUUUUAGUGUCAACUCUCGAUUUGAAAUUUCAUUUUUCAUAUCCAGUUUUAUGCCAAAAUAUCUUUUCAAUUUCAAAAAAACCACAAAGCAAUAAAAAAUCUCGAUAAAUCAUCACACAUUUUUUCAUAAAUUCCCCUCAUUUCCCCUCUCAAUAUACAUAAAAAUAAAAUGUUUGCAUCGCUAUUUACUUCUCUAAUCUGAUCUCGAUUACAUCGACUGUCUCUUUUCAUAUUUUCAUAACUUUUUUCCUUCUAUUCUCCUCUUUUUCUUUUUUUUCGCAAAUUCUUUUGAAUGCAAAAAAUCGACGAAGAAUGGCCACGUUGGCAACGUUUAUUUGGAAAUGAGUUGGAAAUUCCACGUGUCAUCAAUCGAUAUGUUCACGUGGAAAUUAGGAAAAAAUCAGGAGAUGUUGAGAUGGAAUCGAGAGAAAUUGUUAAUUCGAUUGUUCAAAAUCAGAAAACUACAUUUGUUCAAUUAUUUGAUGAAGAGGAAAAGAAAUCACGGAAUAAGAGUGUAAAAUGGGAUCAGAAUGUUAUUGUAGGUUUUGCUUCUUUUUUAUGUGGAAAUGCCACGUGGCACUAAUUAAACUGAUACCUAUUGUUAGGAUUUUGAACUUGAAUAAUCUCUGAUUCGGAAAGUUUCGGAUUACCACGUGGAUUUUCCUUUGGUCGUGUCAAAAAAGUUCUGAUAUACUGUAGACAUUUUUUCUAAAUUCCAAACCCUGGUUUUUUUGUUGAAAUUUCUCAUAAAUGCAUGACUAAUCCUUCUUCUCAUAUAUAGAUACGUUUCAAAAUAUUUUGUUAUUAUUAUUUUUUGUGUUGUGUUUUUUUUCGUUUUCCGCGUGCCAUAAAUUGUUCCUUCUUUUCUAUACAAAAAUUAGUCACCUUUUCAUUUUGCUAUUAAAUUUUGAUUUGAUUCGAUUUCCGCCCAGCCCAAACAUUAUAUUUUAUUUUGCUGAAAGCCUUUUUCAGAUGUGUUGUUUUAGAAGAUUCAGAUCUUCGUUUUUAUCUGAUUUAAUUACUUUUUAAGGGGAUAAAACUUGUUGGAAAAACUGUAACUAAAAACAAUUUCAAAUUUUAAAUGUUUAGACUCAUUUUACAUAUAGGUUUGGUAGGUUAAAUUUUAAGAAAUAAAUAAGCCACAAUUUUUGAAUCCAAUCAAUUUAAAGUGUUUUUUUCAGGCAAAAGACGAGAUUCUUCAUAUCAAUAGUCAACCUCAACAUUCAAAUUCGACAACAAUUACAACAUCAACAAAUUCAACAAAUAAUACAACUUCAUCGAGUGACGAUUUGAAUAACGAUAGUGGAAUUGAUAAUCGAACUGUUGGAUCACCUUCAACUUCCGAAUUUUCGCCGAGAAGUUAGUUCACACAAUUUUGAAUUCUGUAGAUUCUUUUGAACAUCAUCAUAGGCGAUAUAUUUUUUCAGGCACUGACUUAUUCAUCUCACCAAAAAGUGUCGACGAAGAACCGCCACAUCAUCCACCUCCACCUCCACCAACAUCUUCUGAACUUGAUCAAGUUUUAAUUCCACUCAAAUAUUCCAAACAAUCGUAUUAUGAUCAACCAUUGAAAACAAAUAAUUAUUCAACGGUUAGUUAAGAUCGGGAGGGGGGCGAGAUUAGGAUGACAAGAGUUCUGGAAAUCGAUUUAUUUUCGAAUAUUUUAUUUUCCUAAUAAUCUUGAACAUUGAUUAUUAAAUGAAGAGCAGGCUUUUCUGAAGAAAGUCCUCAGAAUAAAAUAUUUCUGAGCUGAAUUUGAUCACAGAGUAUUUUCGCCCUAAAUCAAAUAUUAUUAACUUCAGGAACCAUCGUCUUUCAACUCUUCUCCUCCUGUAAAAAUGCCAAUAAAUAGUGCCAAAGUCGAAGCAACUUUCAAACAACCACCAUCUCGCGAAGGUGUUAAACCAUUUGUUUCUCGAGCUGCUCAAGAAUUAUUCCAUAAUCAAAAAGAAUCUGAAAAUAUCGAUUUGACAGUUGAAUUGAAUCGCGAACAAAAAGCAACAGUAACCGCCACAAAAUAUCCGCGUUCAAAUGAUUUUAUCAAAGAUCGUGAUCGAGAACCAUCACAAGAGCCGCCAAUUCAAAAAACAACAACUCGAAUUUAUCACGCGGUUGAUAUUCCAUUUGAUGAAUCGCCAGCUAGUUAUCAUCCGAUACAAAUUCAAAAAAAGACAACAAUAAAGAAUGGAGGAGUACAAACUUUUAAUAUGAAUAUUUUGAUGGGAUCACAGCCUGUUCAUAAGGGUUUUGGAUUCUCGGUUGCCAAAAAAGAUGAUCGAUUUAUUGUUGAAAGUGUUAUUGUUGCAUCACCUGCUGAUAAAGCUGGACUUUUGGUAAGUUUUUUUGGGGAGAAACUAAAGAUUACUGUAGGUUACUGUAUAUUCGAAGACAAAUUUUUAAAAACUAUAUAUGACUAGUGUAAAUUAAAUCUAGGUUCCUGAUGAUAUAGCCAGGAUUGUGUUUCAAAACUACAGUACUCCUUGAGAUCUUGAAUCUGAACAUUUGAAAACCCUGGAUUUUCAACUAUUUUUGUAGGUUGGUGAUACAAUAAUCUCAAUAAAUGGUGAAGAUAUGAUUGAUAAAUAUCAAUCAAGAAUCACACAAAUACUUCAUGAUGCUGCAAGAAUCGGAGAAGCUGAUAUUCUCAUUUCAAGAGCUCGUAAGUUUUUAAAAAAUUUCCCACGUCAUUUGAAACUAUAAUUUCAAUCAAUUUUCAGCCGUUGUUCUCUCCAAACAAAAUUCCUCUUCAUCAAUAAAUUUCGAUAAAGCUCGCUCAAUUUUCAACACAACCACAAAUACAAAUGAUAAUCGAUCUUUCGAUUCUUACACCGAAUUCAAACGCAAACAUUCUCGCGCAUCUCGUGAUUCAACAUCUACUUCUUCAUCUCGAUCAUCUCGUGAUUUCAAUAGUUUGCCACGUGGCAACACAAAUCGAAAUAUUGAAAAUGGAGGUGAAAUUGAUCGAAGACGUGACACAUCUUUGUCGAGUUAUCGAACUGCAAGAGAGAAUUUCAAUAGUUUGUCGACAACAAGAAGUAGUGGAAGAUCUGAUUAUGGAGAUUAUCGGUGAGAAAAAAUAAUCCAUGUAACUUCUAAACUUUGUUUUUUUCUUUAGAGUCACAUCUGCUUUCGAGGAAAAAAAUUCGCCAGGAAGACUAACCGAUUUUGUGCCAGAAGUUGAUCGUCGAAAAAAUCGAAACGAUGAUUCGGAAGAUAUUUAUCAUAAACUUCGCGGAGAUCAAACUCCAAAAACUAUUCGCAAUUUCCACGUAUCAAAUGAAAAUGUGGCAGUGAGUUUUUAAAUAGGGAACUGUAAAUUUAAAAGCGCGAUCUGAAUAUUGAAUAUUUUUAGAAAACAAAUAUAACAUAUUCUGGUCGUAGAGAAAGCGAAGAAGAAUCAACAACGACAACAUUAAAGAGAUCAACUUUGCCAAGAAGUGUGAGUUUUAGGGGAAAAACAAUAGGCUUCAGGAACAUUAAAAUUUCAAAUUUUGACCCAAAAAUACGCAAUAGCUUGGGUACUGUAUUUUCUUUCAUUUUUUCUCAGAAAUUUCGUAUAGUUGAAAAUAAAAUGAGUCAUAAUAAUUUUCAAUUUCAAUAUAAUUGUUCAUUUUAUUGUCUGAAAAACUACUACAAAAUAGUCAGAAUUCUCGAAAAUAAAUUUCUCCAUUCAAAAAAAUGUGUUAUUUUGAUAAUUCGUGUUUUUGUACACGUCCAAAACGUCGUCGAAGAAGGCAUAAAUCUUGUGUGAGUUAAAAUAUAAUAAUUAGAGACUAGCAUUAGGGUCAGACUAGAGUCUAGUGUAGUUUGAGAAUCAAUAGAUCAUGGUUUGUGGCAAAUUUUCCAUUGGUUUUGCCACGUGACAUAUUUUUCUAUGCUCGGAUUUUUUUAUUCUAAUUUUAUACGUGAAAUUCAGUUUCGUUAAUUCCAAAAAGUUUCCCAUGUGAGAAAAGAAGCUUCCGGAAAUGUGCAAAAACAAAUAGAUCAACUGCAAAAAAUGUACAUCAUACAGAUAUGUACAAUAUAAAAAUAAAUAUGUGUGUAUGUAUUUCAACGCGCGACUAAAACAAACAUCAUCAUUUUUUCCCGAGAAUUUUUUUGGAAAAAAAAACUUUGUUAAAACAAUUCCCAUUUUUCUCAUCCAAAAUUUUGCCAAAAUAUUUCUACGUGGUUUCUCAUUUUCACACCAAAAUUUUUAAUUUUUUCCAGGGUUCUGCGACACAUUGGAGAAAUGAAUAUUCGAAUGAAGAUUUGGAACAACAAACUAUUCCUGUGGUUAGUUUUUUUGUCAAUUUCCAAAAAAAAAGUUCCGCUGCGAGAUGUACUCACACCCCUUUCCAACUCGCGAGUUCGAAUCCACAUAGCCGCGAUUGUUUUGUUGUUGAAAAACAAACUCGCAAUUUUUGGUAUUGGUAUACUUUUGAAGUACAUAUGUUUUUCUAUUCAUAUAAUUUUACAUUCAUAUUUUUGCCGAAAAAAUUUUCGGCGAACAAAAUCGAUUUUAUUUUUAUUUUCAUGUGAAUUUAUAUUGACUGAAUUUUAUUUUUCAAAAAUUUUCGAUGAUUUUUUUUCGUCAAAAUUUUAAAUCAGGAAAUGUUUGCCGCCAAAAUUCCACGUGGUUUUUCCUCUAAAAUUUCCAAGUGGGAGAAAUUCUGAAUUAUAAAUAUUUCGGCCUCGAAGUUUAAAGCCACGUGGAAAAAAGUUGUCUCAAACAUUCCACAGGUCAAAGGGUGGAUUUGAAGUCGUUUAGUUUAAGGUAACGAGUUCAAGUCGGCCCUGUGACCGUUUUUUCCUAGGUGGAGGUAUCUACUUUCAUUCUAUAUUAUUUUAACUAACAAAAACUAACGCUCACAACUUCAGAGACAACCAUCACCACUUCGAAGUGCUUUAAAAAAACACCAACACAAUUAUCCACCAAUUCCACAUCCACAAAGAAAUAAUCAACAAAGAAAAUAUUAUUCAACUGAAUCACUUCAUCGAAGAACAAAACAACAAAGAGAAAUUGAAUAUUGUAGUUCGGAAGAAGAAGAAGAAGCUGAGAUGAGAACAUCAAGAACAUUUCACACUGUUGGAUCAUAUGGAACUAAAAAUGGAGGAGAUGUUAGUGAUGUUAGUCAUCGAUUUUAUGAUCGAGAUGGAAAAUCGAUUCGAGCACCGAGAGAAAGAUCAAUUGAUAUUGAAGUUCGGAGAGAAUAUUUGGCAAAAAGUUCACAAUUAGAGGUACUAACUAAAUAUUAGAAAAUGAAAUAACAUGCGGGAAAUAAUUUUGGUGAAAGGUUCUAACUUUCAGUGGGUCUUACAAUUGGUGAAUUUGAAAAUAUCAAAUCUGAAAAGACUCCUUGGUUAUUUGAUUCAUUAAAAAUGAUAUUUUAUGUUUAUAUUCAGAUUACUGUAGAUCCGUCAAGUUUGAACUCCAGAAAAUUUUCUAAAUUUUUGAAUCAUAACAAUGUAAUACAUUUUUUGCACCAAUAAGUUUUUUGGACAUUGAAAAAUCAUUCUAAAAUGAAAACUUGAUCUAAUUCAAUUUAAUUAUAAUUCCUUAUAAUUUUCAGGAAUCCCGUGACUGGCGUGAUGUCAUAAAUCAACAACGACAACCAGCACCCGGUUAUCAAUUAGAUCGACGUGGAAUUUCAGCAGCUUCAGCUUCUCUCUCAAAUCUUCCAACUUUCAUCAAUCGUAGAAUUGAUCGAGAACGUGAACGUGAACGUGGAGGAAGUGGAGAAAUCAGUGAAAAAUAUGAGAGAGAUGAAUAUCGAAGAGAGGAACAGAGAAAUUAUGCACCAAUUGCGCAGCAAAGAGUUAAUAAAACAAGUUAUGAGGAAAAAAUAACAGAAGAGAGAAAAGAAGAAAAUGUUGUGGCUGUUAGUGGAAAACAUCGAUGUUCGCAUUGUUCGGAAGAAUUAGGUUUGUAGGGUCAAAAUCAGAGGAACUACGAUGAUCCACAUUUACACUCUCAAAAAACCAUCAUUCUCAUGAUUUUCCAGGUCGCGGCGCUGCAAUGAUCGUCGAAUCACUUAACCUGUUCUACCAUCUUGCUUGCUUCAAAUGCUACGUCUGCAAAACUUCGUUGGGUUCCGGUUCAACUGGUGCAGAUGUUCGAGUUCGUGAUGGUCGUUUACAUUGUCAAACAUGUUAUAGUAAUCAUCGAGUUCAAUUGAGCAAAGUUUGA